AUGCUCUUAAUCCAUCUACGAAACGGGAACACCGGUUGUCAUUAUCGCCUAUUCCACUCGCACGCCAUGUAUGCUAUCGAAGAAAGGGCACAUCCACCACCGCCGCCGCCUCUCUCCAUGGAACGAAUUCCUCCGCCUUCCUCAUCAUAUCCCACUCCGGGCUCCGGGGGUGGAAUGGUCUCCGCCGGUAUUCCGUCAUCCAGCCACCUAGCGCCGCUUUCGACGGUCCACGAGGGUCGCAUUUGGUCUCUGCAAGUUGUGCAGCAACCGAUUCGGGCCCGAAUGUGCGGCUUUGGCGACAAGGAUCGGAGGCCCAUUACCCCUCCUCCGUGCAUCCGCCUGAUAGUUAAGGACGCUCAAACCGAAAAAGAGAUCGAUAUCAAUGAGAUUGAUACUUCUUUUUACGUCCUCAUGGUAGACUUGUGGAACGCGGAGGGAACUAACGAGGUGAAUUUGGUCAAGCAUUCAGCAACCUCUCCGUCGAUAUCAACGGCCAUGUCCUCUUCGUACCCGCCACCGCCGCAAACAAUGUCCCCUACCUAUGCGCAAUACCCACAAAAUGCCUACGGUCAGCCGGUCCCCUACCCGCAAAUGAAUAGCUAUUAUCCUGGAAACCCUCAGCUACAGUAUCAAAAUCCUUAUGGCGCCAGUCCCCAGACCUCUUACUACCAACCAUACUACCCGACCGGCGGUCAUAUGCCACAGGCCAAUAUCUCCCCUGCGCAACCGGUUAGCACGGGGCCUGGCGGCAUGUUCACGCGCAACCUCAUCGGAAGUCUCAGUGCCAGUGCCUUCCGUCUGACCGAUCCAGACAAUAAAAUCGGCGUGUGGUUCAUCCUACAAGAUUUGAGUGUACGGACUGAAGGGGUCUUCCGCCUCAAAAUGAGCUUUGUCAACGUGGGCACUCAAUCCAGUGAUUCUCCUAACGGAGGAGUGUCUGUGAUCAAUCAUGGAUCGGCGCCCGUCCUAGCGUCCGUCUUCUCCGAGCCAUUCCAAGUUUUCUCGGCCAAGAAGUUCCCCGGAGUGAUCGAGAGUACGACACUCAGCAAAUGCUUCGCUCUCCAAGGCAUCAAAAUUCCUAUCCGGAAAGAUGGCGUGAAGGGCUCACGCGGCCGGAACAACGAUGACGACGAUGGGGAUGAUUACGAUUAAGAAAGCCGCGUUGCUUUGCUGCACUAACCCGGACAUUGGGUUGAGAAGCAUUGUGACUCAAGCGGCCUUAAUUUCAUGGUUCUGAUCAUUUUACGCAUUUACGGGUUAAGACAUGGGGCAAGGUUUCGGUCGGCGGUGUUCAGGGCAAGACGGGUUCUUUC